AUGUCGCCCCGAGCAGCUGCUUCGCUCAACCGGGCGCUCAUACGAGCGCUCACACGAGCGACCCAUGGGUCCAUUACUAGCUCAUGCAAGACGCGGUCCUGCCGCCACAAUAUCGACACCAGCAUCAGCCGCCGCAGCUUCGUCUCGUAUGCGAUCCCACUUCGCAAACAUCAUCGAGCGCAACCAGCUGCGACGGUCAAAGCGACUACUACAAGCAUCUCUGAGCCUACGGAUUCCAUCCAAGGAUCUCAGUAUGCACCUGCCGAACUGCUGACCGUCCUGCAGGAGACGAUCAAAGUGAGUCGGUCAGUGUACGCACCCGUAGCGUGGCCGUCGUCAUCGGGCCGGAUGCUGAUCAUCAUGCCUCCACCCACCCCCACUUGCGCUCCGACUCGCGCGCUCGCACAAGACCCAUGGCCCGCUGCCCGUGUCGCGCUACAUGACCCUCUGUCUCUCCCACCCGACCCUGGGAUACUACACCACCCGCAACGUGUUUGGAUCCAGUGGCGACUUUAUUACCAGCCCCGAAAUAUCCCAGGUCUUUGGAGAGGUGUGUACAUGAGAAGCUUUGCGUACGUACCUGAGCGAGGCUGAAAAGUCUUCGACCGAAUCACGGCGGUUCGCUUUGCAUGACCGCUAUCAGCUGUUGGCGAUCUGGUUUGUCACGCAAUGGGCCGCACAGGGCGCUCCCUCCAAUGUAAGGAUCGUCGAACUCGGACCGGGCAAAGGAACACUCCUCGCGGACGUCUUAAGGGUCAGUCUCGGUGGAACCUUGUCCAUCCACUCGCCUUAGCUUUGUCCGCUUAUCGUUCCCAACGCGCCCGACCUCCUUCAGACCUUCAAGGCGCUCCCACAAGCAUCUGCACGUCCUGUGACCUCGAUACAUCUCGUCGAGUCAUCUGCGGCUUUGCGCAAAGUCCAGAAGGAAAAACUCGUCAAUUCCGGGUUCGCUGACGUCGAAACCCGCUGGUGGGACAACGCCGUCGAGAUACCACCGAGUGAGUCACUCAUCCACGACGGGCUCCUUCUACUGCACUGAACACGUCUCGAAUAAUUGAACGGCACAGGUGAGGACGAAUUCACGAUCGUCAUAGCGCAUGAGUUCUUCGAUGCUCUGCCGAUACACAUUUUCGAGGUACGUUCGAGCUGAUCUUCGAGGGUGGCCUGCUCCUCAAUUGCUGAGACUCCCUUCAUCUCGUCUACCAGAACACGCCAAAAGGGUGGCGAGAGGUCCUGGUCGAUGUGGCCGAUUCAAAAAAGGCAGUGUAAGUCAGGAGCUUUCCAGCACUCGCGACUCCAGGCUGACUUUCAUCAUGCCCGCUGCAGUGUCCCAAACGUUCCAGUCGAGCCCCUUCGGCUGGUGCUCGCUCCCGGUCCUACGCCUGCCUCGACUCUUUACACCCGCCUGUCUACGGUCAUUGACAACCCAGCCUUGAGCGCCUCGACUUCUUCUGCCCUCUCAUUCGACACGACACUCCCUCCGACGGGGGCAACCUCACCAUCAACCGCGCAGGCCCCCCAAAAUGUUAUCGAGCCUAUUUCCUCCCCCACACUGGCUCGCUUCGCUCGUCUGCCUAUUGGGUCUCGUAUCGAGAUCUCACCCGCAAGCUGGGAAGUCGCCCAGAGCGUGGGGAAGCUCUUCUCCCCUUCUUCGAGUCCCAAGGGUGCUGCGGGCUUGGUCAUAGACUACGGGGACGCCAAGGCCUUCGGAAGGUCAUGGCGAGGUUUCAGAAAGCAUGCCGUGGUGGACCCGCUGACUAAACCGGGGCAUACGGACUUGACGGCAAACGUCGAUUUCGCCUAUUUGAACGAGGCGUUGGCGGAGGAUGGUGAGAGCUCAUCAUUUGAUUCGGAUCUGGACUAAACGAGAUAAUCUUGCUGACUCGGAACCUGUCACCAGCCUCGACACAUGGCCCCCUGUCCCAAAGGACCUUUCUACGCUCAUUAGGCCUAGACGCCCGCAUCUCGUCUCUCCUCCGCCAUGCUCCCAUGGAACGUCAAAAAGAAAUCGCGAGUGCUGCCCAGCGUCUCAUUGACAAAGCCGGCAUGGGCACGCAGUACAAGGUCAUGGCGAUCACGCCGAAGGGGAAUCAAGAAGGAACGGCGUUCCCCUUCGUUGAAGGGGUCGAGGAGGCGCUGGAUCAGGCCGAGAGGGCUUCAUAG